AUGCCAGCUUGUCGAAGUCCUGUGACAACACGGCAAGGAUUUGGUCUUGACGAGCUGGCUGAACGCUACGGGCUCGAUGACCUGAUGGAUUUCACGGACAACAAUGCAUGCCACAACCAGAGUAUCGACGAGGAGUUCACGGCCUACUUUACAGUGCCGCUUUCUGAGAAAGGGACAGACAUUCUGAAGUUCUGGGAAAUCCAUGAAUCAAGUUUCCUGACUCUUUUCGCAAUAGCGCUCGACUACCUUCCCAUCCAAGCCUUGGCAGUACCUUCACUGCAAAUGCUCAAGUUCUUGCUGAAGAUGAAACGGCUCAACUUCAUGGAAGGCUUAGAAACACCAGAAAUAGAUAUGCUGGUGCCUGCCGAUGACGAAACGGACUUAUUAGGACAAGUGGCCUCUGAGUGGAACAGUAAUAUAGACACCCUACUCGCAGCUCUUGGUCAAUACAACGAUGACGACACAUAG